CCAAAUGGCCGCUCAAGGAAUAAGCGGCAGCGUGCUGCUGCUGCGACAAUUAAAGCGGCCUACUACUCUAAGUACAAGGUUUCAUCGGCAUGUUAGUGUAAAGUUACCAGCUAGUAUACGCUGGAGAGAAAAGCUAGCCGGGCAUUACGAAGAAGAUAUUCCUUUUUUUACUCAAGAGGAACUGUCUGCUCCAAAAGCUGUAGAAACAGUGAACCCUCCAAAUAAAGUUCCAAGAGAUGAGUUGUCAAUUCUUCAGGCUUUGAACUCUACAGUUGAAAUAGAUUGGACAGCACCAAGGUAUGAUUUGAUAGACCACCCAAAGGCUGCCCCUUUCCAUCCAGUACCUGUGAAAAAGAAUGAACUCAGUAAGGCGGCAGGGAAAGCUGCUGCCAGAUGGUUUCUUAGUAACAAUAAAAAUGUCAUGAGGUUUAAUGCAGCUGAACCACCAAUAAAGGAGUUUCAUUACAAAAGCUUUGAGCCCGGUUUUAUUGGUGUUGCGUUGAGGCAGCUGAAGCAGCCUGAGAAUUAUGGAAAAGUGAAACAUAUCAUUGCAAAUACAAAAAAUAAAUCUGGCAAUCCAUUGAUACACCCAGACAGAUUUGAAGAAGAAAUCAAGGGCUUCAUUGAACAUAGACAGUAUAAAAAUGCAUUUACAAUGUUCAAAAUAUAUCAGUAUUGCGCUGUAGCAAGUGCUGAAGACCAACCAGAAGGGUUUCGGCCCAUUUCACAAGAAUGUUUCAAUCGUUUGUUGGAUGCGAUGGCACUGCACGCAGGCCACGACCCAUUGAGAGUGCCCAAGGAUCCAUCAGAAAUAUACUAUGGAUUCAGGGGCGUUUCACCAUUUUAUGAUGGAAAAAAGUGGAAACAAACAAAUGCUGCCCACUUCGUGUUUGAGAAUAUGCCAGAGAAAAAUGCUUGGGCUUACAACAGUAUGCUUAUGGGAAUGUUGACUCAUAAAGCCUAUGAUGAAGCACAAACGUGGGUCACGGCCAUGAGAGACAAAAAUAUUCCAGUGGAGCUGGAGUGCUACAAUGGAUUGAUUGAUUGCAUACAAGAAAAGAGUGAUUUGGCAUGGGAGAUGGUCAAGAAACUCCUGCAGGAGAUGGCAAAAGCAGAUGUACGACCAAACCUUAUCACUUUCAACAAUGCCCUGAGGGUAUUAGUUAAUUCAAAAGACAAAUUGGUAAUACAGCACGUUGACGAACUCCUUGGAGAAAUGAAAGCCAUGGAUAUAGAACCAAGCCUUGCUACAUGGGAUGCAUGUCUAAAGCAUGUAUACCUGAAAAAAGGUAGGUGAUAGUUUGAUGUAUUCAGUAUAGAAUGGUGGUUAAAUGGUGUAAAAGCAUUAAUGUUAACUAUUCUUACAAAACUCAGAAGUCUCCCAUGUUGCCAUAUUCCAUCUACUUCACAUAUUUUAUUUUGUUUCUAUAC